GAUGAACACUACUCCAAAAUUAGUUUUUGAGUAAAAAGUGUUUUAAAAAAUGGAAAAAUCAUCGAAACAAUCGUGCGAGUGUAGUGUUUUCGUAGAUUUUCGGACGAGGUACUGCUGCGUACUUAAUGUUAAUAUAGAGAAAACACUAGUUUAUGUUACGUGAUACCGAAGAAGGAGUGCAAGGAUUUUAAAACAUGUUUCCUGGAUGCAUCAGAGCCCCCAGGAGCGUUCAGGGCUCAACGGAUGACGUAUCCAAGCAGACCAAAUCCAUCAUUCAGAUUUAUACGGACUGGGCCAACCACUACUUGGAAAAGGCCCGCAGCAAAAAGCGCGUCAAUUCUUUGGCAACAGAUUGCAGCGACGGAGUGCUUCUGGCCGAGGUCAUCGAAUCAGUCACAUCUCAGAAGAUUACCGAUAUCAACAGGAAGCCGAAGACGCCUACGCAAAUGUUGGACAAUAUAAAUUUAUGUUUGGCCACACUCCACGCUCAGCACAUCCAAGGAAUCGAGGGCAUAUCGGCCCAAGAGCUACGCGAUGGCAAGCUGAAGGCGAUUUUGGCGCUCUUUUUCGCCCUCUCGCGCCACAAGCAGGCAACUAAAGCGCGCCAACAGCAAGAGAUGACGCCGAACAGAUCGUCCGCCAUCCCGCACAAAGGUGGCGCUACCAGCAGCAUCCCUCUGCCGGGCAGUGCCCUCCCUGCGCGAAGAUGUCCGCCGGACAAAGUACGACCCGUUGCCAGCUCUUCCAGGGCUACCAGUCCGGCUCUGAGUAUGAUACCAAGAGCUCCACCGGGUACUCAGAUAGCCAGUCCGUACCAGACCACUCAAGGGAGUGGUGGUGGUGUCAAAGGUGGUACCGCGCAGAAUGCUUCGAUGUUGGAUAAGUUGAAAUUGUUCAAGAACAACGAAAAACCUUCCAGUGGUACUAAUGGAAAACGUACUAGUUCUUCCAGCGGAGUGUCAUCAGCCAAGAGCGAAAGAAGUGACAGCAGUAUUUCUUUAGAAGCAAAUAUCGACGCGAAGCCAAUCAAAAAUGUAUCUAGAAUUAAGCAGACAACCAAGGUUACUAGCAGUACAACAAAUAAGACGGUUCAACAGAAAAACAGUCCCAACGCUUCCAAGAAAGACAAUCACAAAUUUCCAGCGGCUCAACAAAAUGGCGGUCCCAAAAUGGCGAUAGAGGUGGAAAAGCAUAAGAUUACAGGCUUGCCAACCAGCAAAAUCGCCGAACCGAAAGUUAGAGUUUCAGCUGUGAAGGAGAUCAAACCGUCCUCAGGACACCAUCAGCCUGCUGCUGGUAACGGAACUGGUAUUCCCAAACCAACCUUAGCUGUGAAAGGAACCACCAAAUCAGUAUCUUCCACCAACAUUUCUUCCCACCAUCAUAAGCCUCAAAUUUCACGUGAACCGUCACAAACGUCAUUAUCCAAUCAAAAACCAGCUGUAGCUUUAGUGUCACCAAUCAAAAACGACCAAUCUAAAGACUGCCACCAAUCGCUGCCAAAAGAGAGCCAAUCCCAACCAAACCUAUGUGAUAACGUCACUAAAGAGGUUUCGAUGAAGGACGCUAUAAAAGAAUACUCUGUAUCCAAGGAAGAAGUAUCGCAACAUUUUAGUAGUGUCGCUACAGGGAUACAGAGUCACUGUAGUGAUAAUUCUGUAGUCUAUAAGGUGUCUAAUGACUGUAGUUUUGUGGAGAAUCAGAAUAUUCUCAUAUCGAACAGAAAAGAAACUUUGACUCAUCCAACAGAUAUAAUCUCACAACUAAAUCAACAUCAACACCUGGAAACUUUGGCAGAAACUCAAGAAUUCUCGUUGGAAGAAAACUGUAACCAAUCAAAAAUAUCCUCACCGCCAGACAAACUCCCAGAAAGUCCAAGACUUACCACCAUACCCAACCAUAUCAGACAGACCAUAUCAAAAGUAACCGAAUGCGUAUCAGUGGAAAAGGACAAGAAUAUCAGUAUGAAACAUAUUAAGGAGCAUAGUUUUAGUAAUGCUAACGUUAAUUCUAAUGGAAAUAUCAAAAGAAAUGUUGAAGACAGUUCUAAACAGGAUGUGUUUAAUUUAAAUGCCAACAAUGUUAUUGAUGGUAUGAGUGAGAAGGUUAUUAGUGUUAAAGAUGGCGAAAAUAUGAAUAUAGAACCUAUGAGGCCGUUGAUGAGGGAUUAUUGCAGUACUUUGACGUUGCCAGGGAGACAGAGGAAUCCAUAUAAUAGAGCUGUAACAGUGGAUGGGGAUUAUUGUGAGAUAUCUAUGGCUAAUGGAUAUCUUUCAGAAAGUGAACUGUUAAGAGGUCCAAACCCUGUGGAUAUUGCUGACGGGUAUCUUUCUGAAGGAGGUUCUGUUUUAUAUGCCAGAAGACUCCAGAAUAUGCCAACUCAUCCAAUGCCAAAUGGGCCCGGCCUCACCGUGUUGACAGAACAAUCGACUCGAAGGGGUGGGUCAUCACGUGACUCGCCCCCUCCCCCUCCAGCACCCCGGGGAUCGAGUAAAUCGCAGAGGAAUGGAGGCAUUCCUCAAGGUUCCGAUUCCAAACACUCGAGUUCGAAUGGUCACCACUGGAAGAGGUAUGGAGAUUCGCCUGGAGUGGGUAGUCCUCCCCCUCCUGCACCGGGUAGUCCCACGUCCAACAGGAGGGAACGCAGGGGAAGUCCCCACGGGAAGGAGAAGUCCAGCAGCAGUAAGGGAGUCAGAGGCGUACCGCAAAGUUUCGGAUACGUCAAGAGAAAUGGAUCGACCAACGGUACCGGCACCACAAAUGGCACUGGCCCACCCAUGCAAGUAAUUCAGAACCACAACGGGAAAACUGCAGCUGUGUCGGCAGUACCCCGAACGAAAGUGAAAGUUUCUGGAGGUACCCAGACUUGCUCCAGCGAUUUGCAACAAUCACAUAAACCGUCCCCACCACAGUUCAAAUCGUACUCGCUAACCGGCAACACCGCUAAUCAACUGUCGCAAUCUGUCAGAGAACGGCUGAUGAUGGGUUCGCAAAGUUUGCCGAAAGGUGGCGUUCACCAGGAAUACGGCCUGGUCAUGAGACAGAUGAGGCCGAAGGCUAGCGACGGAUCCUUGAGCGAUACUCAGGCUAUAGAGAAUUGCAGUCCAUACGCUCCAUGGCUACGACAUAGCAAUACGUAUUCAGUAGCCCCAAGGCUGUCCGAGACGGACAGUAUGGAGAGUCUUACCAGUCUUCCAGGUCACAGAAGUAGCCUUACACACACCCGCCUUCUGAGAGAUUCACCUUCCAGAUUAAGCAGAAGCAAUAGCAUAAGCUAUCUACGAGACAGGACAUUUCCAAGAUCGACCAAAUCGGAAAAAUUGUACCCUUCGAUGUUACAUAGGAAUACCGAACCGGAAACAGAACCUUACUAUUGCCUACCGAUCGGAAGUCUUUCCCAUUGGUCGCAGCCCACUAGUCCCGCCCCCGGAAACGCUCGGACGUUUCCGCUCAGUCCGACUCAUUCCGGAACUCCACGACACAGCAUACCGAAGAAUGACGAACUUCACGGAUCAUCAAUAAGUUUGGUUUCUACCGCUUCAAGUUUAUAUUCUUCAGCAGAAGAGAAACAGGCUCACGAGAUCAGGAAACUGAGAAGAGAACUAGGGGAGGCUCAGGAAAAAGUCCACACGCUUACAUCACAGCUUAGUACCAAUGCUCAUGUAGUAUCUGCAUUUGAACAGAGUUUGACAUCGAUGACGCAAAGGCUACAACAUCUAACAGCAACGUCAGAAAAGAAGGAUAGCGAACUGCAAGAACUGCGCCAGGCCAUGGAGUCCCUCAGGGCGCAGAGCAUCCAGGCCGGGAUCGGGUCCAGCCUGGCCAGACAACCGUCCUCGGACAGCGUGUCCAGUCUGUCUUCGGCCUGUUCCGUCGACAAACAGGAAAAGAAGAAGAAGAAAGGAUGGCUGAGGAGCAGCUUUACCAAAGCGUUCUCCAGGAACGCGAAAGUUACCAAAGUUCAGUCAAGUCACAGCGAAGGCGAAAGUGACAGACAGCACAGUCCUCCACCUCCCGCGCCCAUAGACCAAGGACAGGAAGUGGCGGAACUCCAGAAACAGCUCAGGGAAAAAGAUCUGGUAUUGACCGACAUCAGAUUGGAAGCUCUGAGCUCAGCCCAUCAGCUAGAAAGCCUAAAAGAUACUGUGAUGAAGAUGCGUAGCGAGAUGCUGAGCCUGAAACAGAACAACGAGAGGCUGCAGCGGAUGGUCACCGGUACGCCUAACCUCCCCACCGACCUGGCCUUGGAGACGAGGUCGAGUAGUUCCUUGGACGCGCUCAGCGACCUCAUACCGACGGAGGAACCGCCUCCCGAGGUGGAGAACGACGGGAAGAGGAUAGCGAUCUCGGUGUAUCUUGGCCAACCUCAAAGUUUUGAAAGGUAUUACUGUGAACACUACGGGUACGACGGCAAAGGCAGCAGUAACACCGGAACGACGGAACUACCAGUGGCAUACACGACCAUCGGAGCUUCCACUUCGUGGGCUCAGCUGGACAACGCGGUGAGGAGGGCGUUCAAACAGUACGUGGCCAGGUUGGAUCCGGGAGGAGGUUUAGGACUUGGCAGCGACUCUAUUGCCAGUUACAAACUGGGAGAGGCUGAGAGGAAACCGGAGGCUGGACCUCCGGAUUUGCUGCCCGUGGGCUACGCCAUUGGUAGAGUCUCGACUGUGCACGUGGUUCUGCAACCAGUAGCUGCUCUAGCGUUCGAAACGCUAAUUCCUAAAGGCGUUGCUCAGCGUCUUGUAUCCCUCCUUGCGGAACACAGAAGAUUGGUACUUUGUGGAGCUCCGGGAACGGGGAAGACACAUCUAGCGACUCGACUUGCCGAAUUCCACGCUCAAAGUUUAGGAAGAGAUCCGCAAGAGGCCGUGGCUACAUUCAAUGUGGAUAAUAAGUCAGCUAAAGAACUUCGUCAGUACCUUCAACACCUAUCAGAGCAAGCAGCGUCGGGCGAUACAAACGUUUUGCCUUGCGUGGUCGUUCUUGACAAUCUACACAAAGCUGGACCUCUGGCGGAUGCGCUGGGAAGCUUACCUAGGAACCUACCCUGUUUGUUAGGAACCAUGGCUCAAAGUGCGUGUUCGGCCACUAGUCUACAACUUCAACACGGUUUUAGGUGGGUUCUGGUGGCACCCCAUAUGGAACCAGCCAGGGGUCUGCUAGGGCGCGUGUUGAGACGUCGUCUGGCUUCCCUAGAACUGGAACAAGGGCCUCAGCCUGAACUAGCCGCUAUUUUAGGCUGGUUGCCCAGGGUAUGGCAACACUUAAACGCCUUUUUGGAAACGCACAGCAGCGGAGACGUUGCCAUUGGACCAAGAUUAUUUUUGAGUUGUCCCCUGGAACUGGACGCGGCCCGCGCCUGGUUCGCCGACGUCUGGAACUACUCCCUGGCCCCCUACCUGCGAGAGGCCGCGCGCGAAGGCCUUCAGCUCUACGGCCGCCGCGCACCCUGGACGGAUCCCACGCAGUUCAUCCUCGAUACGUACCCCUGGCCUGGAGCUCCUCCCCAGGGCCUGACCACCAUCCCGGCCAAGGACGUAGGGCUGGAGAGCAACUCCAGCGCGCAGGCGGAGAACGAGGGCGAUCCUUUGUUGAACAUGCUGAUGCGGCUGCAGGAGGCGGCUAAUUACUCUAGUCCGCACUCGAAUGACUCGGAUUGUAAUAGUUUGGACUCGAACGCGAUGCACGGGGGUAAUGCUGGCACGGAGAGUGUGUCGUAAGAGAUGGGGUGAAUAAAUGGGUGUGGUCGGAGAUUUAGGCCCGCUGUCCACGGAGGAUAAUUUUGAAGCUUCAAAAUAAGCCGUGCAGCUUGUGUAGUCUAGCGUACUAAACUCUGUCCACGAAGCGUAUUGCAAGCGUACUAACCUAAGAGCUAGCAACGUUUUCGAGAAAGGCUCUGGAACAGCGUGCUAGUCGUCUGGCUGCCGAUAGACGUUACGUUCACCAGGGGCGUAGAU